CAUAAUGGGGCUGUAUUUCAUAUUGAUAUUAAAAUUGCAUUAAUGACCAUUGUUACCUCAUCAGAAGAUCGUAGUAUUAUAGUAUGGAAUAUAGAAAAUUCUACUCUCUCAAAAAGGAAUAUUUUAUAUGGUCACAAAGCUAGAAUUCAUAAAGCAAUCAUAUUGAAUAUUGACAUUCAUUUAAGUGCAGGAGAAGAUGGAAAGAUUAUUUUAUGGAAAAAUGGCCAGGUUAAUAGUAUAUGUAAUAGUCCAAAUAAUACCGCACUAAGUGCGUUGCAUUUUGAUGUUGAAGAAAACCUUGUGUACGCUGCAUCAAUUAAUGGAACGCUAAUAUCUUGCUUAAUCGAUUUAGACUCGAGAUUCUUAUCAGAUAAUGAUAAAUUUAUAAAAUGUUUAAACAUUCGAUACCUCAAUUUUAUCGAUUCCCACAAUCUAUUAAUAACAACUUAUAAUUGCGAUUUAUUUAUUUAUAAUGUUUUAACAGAAUCAAUAACUCAAAAAAUUAUCGAAAACGAUCCGUGGUUAUCUUCCUGCACGAUCAUACGCCUUGCGAAACGUGACGAUCGCAUUAUCAUCGCGUUAGGGGAUAAAGAUGGUAUUCUAAAACUUUUUGAAAUUAGUAUAAAUGACUCAUCGUUUAUUGUUAAUAACAGGUUCCGAUUGGAAAUAUUUAAGAAAGACAAACUAACUGGCCUCUUUUGGGUCGGUUUAAAUACUCUCUACAUAUCCAGUUAUUCGGGACUACUGAUAAGGGCUAACCUAUCAAAUGUUGGAAAUAUUAAUCUCGAAAUUAAUGUAGCCAUGAAAAUUCAUCAAAAUUUACAUUGCAAUCAUUUAUGGGUAUCUGCACUAAUAGCCUAUAAACUAAACGAAUCGACAGAUUUAUUAUUUUGCGGCGACCGUAAAGGUUAUCUUCAUUUACUAAAAUUAAGCAAUUUCUUCUCCGAAUAUUUGCCCUUACAAACUAUCGAAAACAUUCACGGUUCUCGAGGCUUAAGUGAUAUACAAUUGUGUAAAGAUAAUAAUAUACUAUAUACCACAGAUAGAAACGGAGUUCUAAGAGAAUAUUAUUUUUACCAAAAUGGCGAAAAAUUUAUAUUUCUUAAUAGCCAAAACUUUUCAAAAUCGAUAGAAAUAAUUGAAAAAAUCAUAAUCAAAAAUAAUGUUUAUGAUGAUACACAAAAUAAAUUCACCUUACUAUUAGGAUUUAUGGGACGAGAUUUUGUGUGUUACAACACGACAAUAAAUAAUAUAUUGUUUAAAGUAUGUUGCGGGGGUGCUCAUCGUUCUUGGGAUUAUUUGAUACCCGAUGAUGACACAAAUUUAUUUUUAGCCUUUAUUAAAAAAGAUAUGUUUAGUUAUCAUUCCCGGGAACUAAAAAAAUAUGUUCCCAAGUUAUUAAAAAAGGGAUUGGAUAUGACGUACAUUAAUUCCGCAAAAUUCAUUAAAAAACUAAUAAACUCUGCCUUUUUCAUAUUAAUUAUGCCUUUAGUAGGAGUGCCUAAAAUACUGGUAAUAAUAUUUGAUAGCCUUGCUUAUGAAAUUUUUGAUAUAAAAGGGAAUUAUCAUUCAAUACUCGAUUUAUUUAUUGUACCCAAUAAUGGAAUAAAAACGGAUUUUGUUAAUUAUUUAUUUUUUACCUGCGGAGAAAAAUCAGAAUUUUGUGUUCAAAGCCUAAUGAUUUUUCAGGAUAAUAAGAUGGUAUUCAACGAAAUCAUCAUAAAAACCAAAUUAAAUAGGCUAAUUAAAAAGUUGCAAGGGGCUAGACUCACAUGCCUAGAUGGAUAUAUUUUAGAAAAAGAAUAUUAUGAUGUAAUAUUAAUUUUAGGCUCAUCAAAUGGGACACUAAUCAAUUUAAAUUAUUCUAGACUCCAUAAAAAGUAUAUCAUUUAUAAAUCCUGGCAGGCUCAUGAUCACUGCAUUACCAAAAUUAAAAAUAUUCAACUAAUUGAUAAUAAUUAUAUCAUAUCUAUCGACAACACGGGAGUCAUUAAAAUUUGGAGUAUGAUGACUAUUUUUGUCAUCGAUCAAUUAGACAUCAUGCCAAUUUAUUCGUUUUUACCGCAAGAGUCUAUUAUAAAUUACGAAGUGAUAGAAUAUUUAAAUCCCGAAAAGAUUUGUUUGAUAACUGGGAGUGAGAGCGGUUCGAUAUUUGCGACUUUAUUAAAGAUUAACAAAUGCUGUAUUAACACGAUCCUUAAAAACUCAAUAAAAUCCGCCCAUUUAAGCAAAAUAAUAGAUUUAAAAAGUUUCAAAAUUAUCGAAAACGGUUUGAAGAAAGUUUAUAUUGCUUCAAUCUCUCUCGAUAAAAAAUGUAAAAUAUGGUCAUUUGACAAUGAAGGGUUAAAUUUUGAUAUCAUUAAAAUAUUUGAUGUUUGUACAUGUGAUAUUACGGGUAUAGAUUUGAUGCAUAUUGAUGACCCAUAUAUCGUAAUAUAUGGUGCUGGAUUAGAACUUUUUAGGAUUAGCUUUCGAAAAUAG